AUGUCCGAGCUGCCCCCCGACAGCGGUGUCCGGCAGACGGACGCGGCGAAUGGCCACCGCGACGCCCCGCGGGCGGAGGUAGGCGGCGGGAGGCGGGAGCCGGCCCCGGCGGGGCCUGCGGAGCCCGGGGAAGGUCCGGUGGCGGCGCCCGGGGAGGCCCGCGACGCACAGGUAGCCCGAGUGUUGGCGGAGCCAGCGGAGGAAGAGGGUGCGCAGGCCAGACCCCGAUCCCGGCCCGGGAACGGCCCGGGGCUGGCUGCGUUGCCGUACCUCCGCCUCCGUCACCCACUUAGCGUUUUAGGAAUCAAUUACCAGCAGUUCCUGCGCCACUACCUGGAACACUACCCGAUCGCUCCGGGCAGAAUUCAGGAGCUGGGAGAACGCCGCAGGAGGUUUGUGGAGGCCUGCAGAGCCCGGGAAGCAGCGUUUGAUGCCGAGUACCAGCGGAAUCCCCAGAGGAUGGAUUUUGACAUUUUGACAUUUACGGUAGCCCUCACUGCGUCCGAGGUCAUCAAUCCUCUGAUAGAGGAACUUGGUUGUGAUAAGUACAUAAGUAGAGAAUAG